CCGGUGACGUCGGCGCAGGCGCGGGGAGGUCUCCCAGAGAGGAGGCGGAGGCUGUAGCCCUUGCGGCGGCUGGACCUGCUCGGGACUCGCAGCCGCGGAGGGCCGCAGUGACUGCGUGUAACUUUUGCUGGACCAGAAGCUGCUGCCGGGUAGGCGGGUGGCCACCAUGUCUACCUUCCGCCAGGAGGACGUGGAGGACCACUAUGAGAUGGGAGAGGAGCUGGGCAGCGGCCAGUUCGCCAUCGUGCGGAAGUGCCGGCAGAAGGGCACCGGCAAGGAGUACGCGGCCAAGUUCAUCAAGAAGCGGCGCCUGUCGUCCAGCCGGCGCGGGGUGAGCCGGGAGGAGAUCGAGCGCGAGGUGAGCAUCCUGCGGGAGAUCCGGCACCCCAACAUCAUCACGCUGCACGACGUCUUCGAGAACAAGACGGACGUGGUGCUCAUCCUCGAGCUGGUCUCGGGCGGCGAGCUCUUCGACUUCCUGGCUGAGAAGGAGUCCCUGACCGAGGACGAGGCCACGCAGUUCCUCAAGCAGAUCCUGGACGGCGUCCACUACCUGCACUCCAAGCGCAUCGCCCACUUCGACCUCAAGCCAGAGAACAUCAUGCUUCUGGACAAGAACGUGCCCAGCCCACGCAUCAAGCUCAUCGACUUCGGCAUUGCCCACAAGAUCGAGGCUGGCAACGAGUUCAAGAACAUCUUCGGCACGCCUGAGUUUGUGGCUCCCGAAAUUGUCAACUAUGAGCCCCUGGGCCUGGAGGCGGAUAUGUGGAGCAUUGGCGUCAUCACCUACAUCCUUCUCAGCGGGGCAUCCCCCUUCCUGGGCGAGACCAAGCAGGAGACACUGACCAACAUCUCGGCCGUGAACUACGACUUCGAUGAGGAGUAUUUCAGCAGCACCAGCGAGCUGGCCAAGGACUUCAUCCGUCGCUUGCUGGUCAAGGACCCCAAAACUCCAGGUGACUGCUCUUUCCGGGACUCUGGGACCGGCCAUGUGGAGCCCUGGCCCCUGUCACGUGUCGCUGCCCUUCCUGGGCCCAGCCCUCUUGGGCGCACUGAGACCAGAGCCUGGGAAGGAAACAGCCACUUGAGGAGAAUGACCAUCGCGCAGAGCCUGGAACACUCCUGGAUCAAGGCCAUCCGGCGGCGGAACGUGCGCAGCGAGGACAGCGGGCGGAAGCCGGAGCGGCGGCGCCUGAAGACGACGCGGCUGAAGGAGUACACCAUCAAGUCGCACUCCAGCAUGCCGCCCAACAACAGCUACGCCAGCUUCGAGCGCUUCUCGCGCGUGCUGGAGGAGGUGGCCGCAGCCGAGGAGGGCCUGCGCGACCUGGAGCGGAGCCGGCGGCUGUGCCGCGAGGACGUGGAGGCGCUGGCGGCCAUCUAUGAGGAGAAGGAGGCCUGGUACACGGAGGAGCGCGACAGCAUCGGCCAGGACCUGCGGCGGCUGCGGCAGGAGCUGCACAAGACCGAGGCUCUGCAGCGGCAGGCGCAGGAGGAGGCCAAGGGCGCGCUGCUGGGUGCCAGCGGGCUCAAGCGCCGCUUCAGCCGCCUGGAGAACCGCUACGAGGCGCUGGCCAAGCAGGUGGCGUCCGAGAUGCGCUUCGUGCAGGAGCUGGUGCGGGCGCUGGAGCAGGAGCGGCUGCAAGGCGGGGAGUGCGGCCUCCGCUAGGGACAGGGCCCGCAGCCGGGCCGGGUGGGUGGGAGCCUCGGGCAGCUCGCAGCCUCUGCGUGGAGCCGGGGACUCGCUGGAGGAGGCUCCCGUCUGGCAUAAAGCGGACGUUGGCAAACUCCUGUCUCUGUUUCCUGAGUUUCAGGGAGCUGCCCAGUGCUGGGUGAGGGGGCCUCCGCAGGGCGUGGGUGUGGGGUGAGGUGCUACUGCCACCUCUUCACCCCCCAGAAGCGCUGGAGGAGCCCCUGCAGUGACAUCAGCCAUGCCUGGAUGUCACUCUUUGAUUGUGUCCCUGCCGUGUCCCUUUGAGUCUGUCCAUGCCCGGGCGCUGCCUGUCCCUUAGCUCUGCAUUGGCUGCCAGCCCUCCUCCAGGGUGGUCCUUGCCCCCACCAUGCCAGCGCCGUCUUCUGUGCGCCCCAGGAGCCCUGAGAAGUGGUAGUUUGCGCCUUACUCCAGAAGACCACAGCCGAAGCCCCCAGCCCCGCCUGCCAGAUCCCAAGACCCUCCGGGAUGUGCUGCCCUGGCCUGAGCGUCCAGGCAGGCAAGGACAGUCCCCAGCCCAGAGGCCGGGGUCUUUACCUGUGGCCAAGCCCAGGCCCUAUGUGGCCUGUGUGAGUGUGGGACCCGCCACAUCCCUGGCCACUGCUGUUCUCUGUGUACGUGCGUGACAGUGUGCCUGUUGGAAGCCAAGUGGAAUAAAGCCGCCUCCCUGA